CUCAUAGUGAUAGCUGCACCAGCAUGUGUGUGUGUGUGAUGACAGGAAGAGCUGCGUGUACGGUGAAUCACUGUUUGUUAUUUUAAACGUGCAUUCAGUAUUUUGGGGCUAAUUUAAAAAGUUUUACACAUUAACGAAUGAAUUGUGUAUUUGUGAAGAGUGAUCUGAAUGAUGUACACUCACAUGAGAUGAAGACUGUACUCAUAAUAGUUUUCUAUAAAAAAUAUACAUGGUGUGUGUCUCCCCUUCAGUGUGUUUGGCCAUAUUGAAAUGACCCGCUGGGUUUCACUAAAUGAAGAAGAGAAUCCUCGCGCUAAUUGGCUGCUGUCUAUGUAGAUCCGCUUGGCUAUGCUUAGCGCAGUGUUGUUUGGUUAUGUGAAGAGCGAUAAGAACAAAAUGGAACAUAUUUAUUAUCGUGCUUUAGAAGCAGAGACUACGGGAGAUUUAGUAGCUGUACUGCCGAAGAAGCGAAAAAGGUCUGAAGCAAGAAGACAGAAAGACUGGCAAAGGCAAAAAACUAGAGUAAACAUCGGUAUGGCCUACACAAGAUUUGAAAGAUUUGAUGACAGAGAAAAACCUGAGUAGUGAUGCCGAUGUUGCUUCUUUUAUGUUUUAGGUAACACAUUAUGAAUUGUUUAGACCUCUCUCUAAAAUACUAUUCUAUAAGUACUAACUCGUACAAGUUUCCCUCUAAGUUUUUAAAAUUACGUGUGUAGUCAACGUAUGUAAGUAAUGGACAGUUUUCAGCGGUGUUUACAAAUGCAACCGGAAAGCAACGUGUCAUUUUCUUUUCUUUGUUAUCACAGCUAUAGUCUACAUAUAGCCCAUCUAACUCCACCUCUAUGAAACGGCAUACGUCUUCAUUCAUUUAGAGCAAAGUAGCUUGGCACAACGAUUGUUGUGGAUUUUGUGUAAACCAUGACAUUGUUUGCUUGGAAACAAAACAAGUUUGCCAAAUACAGUUUUCAUGGACAUGCUAAAUUUGAUAAUCAAAAACCCUUCUAAUCUGCUAGAUAAUUGAGGUUUAUUUUACGCUAAGCAGUUCUCUAAUAAAGGUAAUAACUCUUUAGAAAUAACGUGAAACCUAGACAGUCUCCAAAGAUUAUUGAUAUGAGGGACAAUAAUAAUCUGUCCUUAACUGUAUUAGUCUGUUCGCUUGAAUUCUGACUUUUGUUUUUAGGCAAAGCAAUUACAUUAUAGCCUAUUAGUAAUAAAUAACUUAAGAAAUUACCUCAAAAUCCGACAUUUUCCAGAUGCAAAUGAUAUUCCAGAGCUGACGGGGGCAGCAGAGACGAUCAUGCUGAUCCACAUCGAUAUAUGGCAAUACAUUGUCUAACACCAUUGUCACAUCGGUACCUACGAAGAAGAGCAAUGCUAACGUUAGCUAGAACUAAUGCUCAUUUAACACUGUAGUGUGUUAUAGCAUUCACAGACGAAACGUGUGAGCUGACCGACAUCGCUGGAGUCAAAUGAGACCGUAAACUUCAGCGGUGGACCGACUCCACUCAUUGCACCUCAGUUUUCGUUGUCAGGAGACGGUGUGCACUGGAAGGAAAAGCUCAUGACGCAGAUUCUGAGUAUGAAGUCAAUGAAGAUGAUGGUGAUGAUGUCACUCUUAUAUUCAGUUCUUGCAGAUCAAAGUUUAGAGUGUCAUAAUGACUUCUUCAACACCUUCACAUGUGUUUGGAACACCUCUAAACUAGCGACAAAUCCACCUGUCAGAACAGACUCAAACUGCUCCCUGCAUGUCAUGGUUAAGAAAAAUUCGCUAGAUGAGGAAAGUGCAAAACUGUCUCCUGACAGCGCAGAGCCAAACAUACGCAGUGCCACCAUCGUGUUUAAGAGCAGUAUAGGUAUAAUAAUUCCAGCAGCGUUUAUACAUCAAGACGUCAGAUGUGAAAACUUUGAGAAUCCUGUGGCUACAAUACCGCAACAUAAAGCAAUUGGCAGUGUAGUGAAAGUGUCUCCCCCUCAGAUGGCGGAAGUUGACGGGCUCAAUGUUUCUUGGAGAUUCGGUUCUCCAAAGUCGAGAUACCUCACACAUAAGUUUGAACUUCAGUUUAAAUCUGCAGCUCAGAGCUGGACGGAUGUGAAGACGAUCUCAGAACUCACAGAUCUGCAAGUGGAGCUGCCAGAAGAGCAUGUGAUCUUACAUGAACAGUAUGUGGUCAGAGUGAGAGACAAACCUUUACUGUCCAACGCCACCUGGAGUGAGUGGAGUAAAGAAUACAGCUGGACUUCAAAAGUGGGCAGGAGACCCACCAUGCCUGGUGUUGGUGAGGUUGUGGGUCUAGACUGGUCUUCAUCUAUAAUAGGAAUAACUCUUACCGGAAUCACUCUUGCUACCAUCUCAAUCUUUACCAUACUCUUCAAAUGCUACAAAAUCACAUGGUUCGAGAAAAUCCAGUCCUCAUAUAUACCUGAUCCCUCCAAAUACUUUGGUGAUCUGAACUCCCACCACAAAGGAAAUUUUAAGUCUUGGCUCGGAUUAGUUUUCGCUCUUGAGGUGGACUCGGAGUGCGUCAGUCCCGUUGAGGUUGUCAAACUGCAGGAUUGCGACAAUUCCUGUCUCACUGAAAGAAUCAGCAGUGGUAUGCAGGAUAGGUGGGAAGGCACCACCAAAUCCUCCAACUUCUCAAACUCCACCUACUUCCUGUCUCAGAGCUCCACUGGGCCCCGCAACACCCUGGAACCCUGCUCGGUGCACUGCUCAUAUGGGCCUGCUGGGGGAGACAGCGCUCUAGAGACGGUUUUGCAGUGCUCCACUGCGUUCACUCACAGCACUAAGGACAGAGCGCGUGAGCUGGAAUCUGAUUUGAAGAAAAUCGAGCAGCUCCGUCAGGAUACACAGAGUCCUGAUUCAGGCUUCGCCGCCGGAGCUGAAGACAGCCUGGAAGAAACUGAUCUCCCGAGCCCUCUGGGUUUAAAUCUGCUCCCUCACCUGCUACUGGACCUGCAUGUUCCUCAUCCCAACAGACUCCUGCUCUCGGGCUGGGAGCGAACUCCUCUUAUGCUGGGAACAAACCGUCUAAUUCCCACCAUUGAAUUAGACCCGGACCUGCACAGAUCAUGUGGGCUGAUAGAGCCCUCUAGUGGCGAUUAUAUGCCAGUGAAAAAUGUGCAAAAUUAAUUUUAUUCAGAAGGCAACACAGGCAACGUUCGCAGCAGCAGAAUACAGUGUCAGUUAUGUUUGUUGUGUUAAAUACGCUUCUGUUCACACACAGUUCAAUUGUGAAAAUCAUAUGAUGCGAGUCCAGUUACUUCUGAGAGAAUUCUACCACACAGUUUACCAUGAAUCAGACCAUGAAAAACCUUCAAAACCUUCAGAAAAUUCUUAUUGUUUGUGAUAAGAAGGUUUAUAACAACCCACAUGUGUUAUCAUAAUAUAUAAUUUUUAUUUAUUGGAAUUUUGCUAACAAAGGUUUUUUUAUUCAUUACAUGAAACCAGUUGUAAAAUAUUCGUCAUUUUAUUUUAUUUAUUUUUUUAAUUCAAACAUGUAUUUUGAACAAUGUUUGCUAUUUUGAAUGUAAGAUAAGUCAAUAGUUCUGAUGUGUUCACACUUGUAGUUCGGUUCUCUUGGUCCGGACCAAAAAAGAAAAUGAUACAUAGCCUAAUACUGACCUCAAGCAUACCUGGUUGUUCUCAUCAUAGGAGCUAUGUUGCCCAUUACAGUUCGGUACAGGCGUCGGAACCGCCGUCAGCCGUCCUUGCAGCUUAUCUUCGUUUGUGUGUGCAACGGAGGCAUUCCUUGCGCUGUUUUGAAUCCUUUACACAUUUUAUUAGCUCUUUGUUUGUUCUCAGCUGGUAAAAAUACCACCAUAUAUACAUAUAAAAAUCCAAUGAGCGCAUUUAGCCCAGCAGCCAGCAUUGUUUUGGAUGUUCGGCAAGUUCUGUUGCAAAAUAUAAGUCAUAAAAGCUGUCCAAUCAGGUUGUGACUUUUUCCUGAUGCUUUUUGGUUCGGUGUUAAAAAUGCCAGUGUGAAUGCUAAGCGAACCAGGACUAAGGGUGUUUUCACACUAGCACCUUUAGUGCGCACCCGAGUUUGAAUGAAAGAAGCAUAUUUUAGUUUUUAUGACCAUUAAACUGUAAAAUUGUCAACCCUGUUACUUUUCUGAAGGAAUAGGAAUAUAUCCCUUUUAUAACCACCAUAUCAAACAGGAAAAUGCAGCCAUUUCAAAGCAUGACCCUAAUGAUAUUAGACAUUUUUCCAUUGCAGGAACUUUUCCUAGUUGCAGGUGCUAUUUCAGGUUCUCAUUGUUUUUCCGCCACAUGUAACUAAAAUCUGAACCAAACCAGGAACCUUUUAGUACCUGCUGCUGAGGUGGUACUUUUCAUGCAAAGUGGAAGUAUUUGGGUGCAGUCAGAACAGCAAACGCUUUUCAUUGGUCAAGAAAAAAGCAUCAUUAGACAGCCGAUUCUGGCCAUUUUUAAAGUUCGGUGAGUAAUCUUCAUUAACUUUUGUUGAGUUGUUGCUAUUGUAAGCUUUUCAACAGUGUUUUAAUUGAGUCGGAGCUCUUGGGGAGUCUCCUUACACUGCUGAAAACCGUGAAAUCACUGUCUGCUCCGUUUGAACUGAAUAAUUACAUCAGAUGCACGCACAACUCCCAAAGAAUCACAAUGGGAAUCCCUACCAAAAAUUAAAAGAAUAAUUCAAUAUAUUAAUUAAAAUGAGUCAUUUUAAUAUUCUUAAUGAAGUGUAAAGCAAUAGAAAGACAUUAGGCUCAAUAAUAGACAAUUUUAUUUGAAAAUAAUAGUCACCAUGUCUGAGAUGCAUAGUGUAUGUUAGAGUUGUAAACAUUCCUCUCAUAUUCCUUUUGUAUGUCUUAUUUAAAAAAAAAAAUGUCUUUCUGUCAUCACUAUCAUUUAUCAGCAUGGAUUGUGGAUUUUAAGAUAUUGAGGGAGGGUCACAGGCGCAGCAUUGUAAAUGGACAAAGAUGUUUCUCAAUAUUGCAUCUUCAUGUCACUUAACUCUUAUGGGAUUCAACAACCCCUCCCCCCAAUUCAGACACUUUUUUCAAAUCAAAACUGAUAGAUUGAGAGACACUGCUGUGCAGGAUCUGAUGAGUAGCCUAUUUAUGGAGAAUAAAAAAUUCAGCGUAACGCUGGUUUCACAUA